AUAUGACAAUCCUGUGCAAAAUGUAUUUUUUAUUUUGUACUUAAUGUAGACAUUCUUUUGAAAGAGAACAUUUGUGAUACGAAAGGAUUACUUUUUUUCAGUUGAUUGGUGUUCUAGCAAAGGGUUCCUGAUGUCUUUGCUUGCUUAGGUGUGUGGAGUUCAGCAGCAUCUUCCAACAUGUCCCAAUGGCAGCGAAUUCAAAUGCUGGACAAGAGUCACAUGAACCAGAUAGAUUGUCUCUACUCAGAUGACUGCUUACCGAUGGAAGUGCGUCAGUAUUUAGCCUACUGGAUUGAGGAGCAGAACUGGAGCCAAGCCGUAGAACUGGACCCCUCACAAGCCAGCUAUCUUUUCCAUACCAUGCUGUCUUUACUGGAUGAUCAGAUCGGACGUCUGGCAUUGGGGGAAGAGAAAAGUGCUAACAUGUUACUCAAGCACAACUUGCGCCGUUCAAAAUUGCAUCUACAGAGCAAGUAUCAAGACCAUCCCCAGGAACUAGCCAUUGCUAUUGAUGCUCUACUGAGACAGGAGAGAGCAAUUCUGUCUGAAGCUUUUGCUGCCUCUCAGGCAAGUGUGGAUCCUCCACGUGAUCCUCCUAUGCCUACCGCACAGCAUAAGAUUGAGGAGCGGCUAAUGGAGAUACGCAAGACAAUUCAGGGCCUGAAAUGUUCGAUUGAGCAACACGGUGAUUUGCAGGAUAAUUUUGAUUUUUGUUUUCGGACACAUUCGCAUUUAGAAAGCACCACUCCGGCUAGUGAGCCUCAGCGGACCAGAACCAUUAACAAGUUACAAAGCAUGUUAAAUAAUUUGGACCGCUUCCGCCAGGAUAUGCUGGACCAAAUCUGCGAACUUCUUGGACGCUCUGCUACUCUAAGAGAUUUACUUCUGGAGGAGGUAGCAGCAUGGCAAAUGCGUCAGCGGUUAGCUUGCAUUGGGCAGAAAUGUGAUACCAGCUUAGGGCGUCUGGAAGAAUGGUUUACUAACAGUGCUGAGAUCCUCUUCCACUUGCUGCAACUAUUAAGGAUGCUAAAUGGGAUGUAUGAAAAAGUGACUUACUUGACAGAUCCCUUCAACAGCCGGUUGCCCCCUCUGCUCAAGACUCUUCAGGAGCAAAUAAUCUGCCUCUUGAAAAGUGCUUUUGUGGUGGAGGUACAGCCUAAGAUGCAAGUCCCCAAUCAACGUCCACUGGUGCUGAGAACCAGCCACAAGUUCUCUGUCCGGGCCAGACUACUGGUAAAACUGCUGGAUCGAAAUAACUCAGUGGAGGUGACGAUUGCCAUUGACCGGGAUGCUACUAAUUUGACUGGGUUCCGGAAGUUCAAUAUUUUAACAUCCAAUACCAAAUCCUUGAUGAUGGACAAUCAAAAGCAAGGACUCGUUUGUGAUUUUAAGUACAUUUCGCUGAGAGAGCAGAAAAUCUCUGGUGCAGGAAAAGGCAACAAAGGGAUUAGCGAGGGAUCAUUGUCUGUCACCGAAGAAUUGCACAUUAUCACUUUCACCCUGGACUACUGCUAUGAAGGUAUCAAGUGCCAGCUGCAGACAUCGACCUUGCCUGUGGUAAUUGUUUCCAAUGCCAACCAGAUCUCCAGCGCUUGGGCUUCCAUUUUAUGGUUUAUUAUCCUCAGCACAGAUGCUAAGAACCAACUGUUUUUCUCCAAACCACCACCUGCCACCUGGAUCCAGCUUUCCACUGUGUUGUCCUGGCAAUUCUCAGCAGCCACUGAGCGAGGCCUGGACAACCAACAGCUCAAAAUGCUGGGAGAAAAACUCUGUGGGCCAGGUGUGAACUCAGAUAGUACCAUCACAUGGGACAAGUUUUCAAAGGAAGCGACUGCCAGCUCCCCAGAGGACAAUAAUUUCAGCUUCUGGACCUGGGUUGAUGGAAUCCUAUUCCUGAUUCAAGAGCAUCUGCUUCAGCUCUGGAACGACAAUCUCAUCAUGGGAUUUGUGAGCCGCAAACAUGAAAAGCGUUUGCUGAAGAAGAAAAGAGCGGGCACCUUCCUAAUACGUUUCAGUGAGAGUACCGCCAAUGGUGGCAUCACCUGUACCUGGGUAGACUUUAACAAUGAGGGUGCUCCCGAGUGCCAGUCAGUUGAGCCCUACACCAGGAAAGAGCUGGAGUUCCUUUCCCUACCUGAUAUCAUCCGAGACUACCAACUCCUGGCUAAGGAGGUCAUCCCAGAGAAUCCACUCCUCUACCUGUAUCCUGACAAACCACGGGAUGAAGCUUUCUGUUCUUAUUACAAAGAACGGCGGGAAGUAAGCACGAUGGAACAAAGAAGAUACUUGAAUCGUCGCCUGAUCAGAGUCUCUACGCAACCAGGAGAGACUCAGACACCAGAUACAAAGGAACUACUCCCUAUAAGCAAUGAGUCGGUCGCUGAUGAACUGGAGAAUCCUGAGUAUAAAGUGGAGGAUCUUCUGAUUGCCAAGGAAGAUCCUUUUCUUUUCCAGUCAAAUGAAGAGCAGCAACCACUCCAGGAAUCUUUCAACCUCCAUGAGAUUCCACAGCUGCAUGUGAAUGACCCAGUUUUCCAAUGUCUGCUUCCUCUUGAGAAUACAAGCACUGGCAUUUCUGGAAAUGAUAUUGAGGAUUUAAUGAACCUUUAUGCUAAGGUAGAAGUGUAGGUCUGUAGGUCUGAUCCCUUCAUAUUUUUGUGUAAACCAAUGAGUAAUUAGGUUUUAGUUGUAAAAUGAAUAUAAAAAGAGCAGAAGACCCACAACAUAAGUGAAUUUAGCUGGCAGCCAUAGUUUUGUAUUUUUACUUUUUAUUUUUUUUAUUCAUCAGAUUGAUAUGUCUGCCCAUCUCUGGGCAGUGUUUCUACUACCCAGCAGAAAUAUAUUCAAAGUGGCUUCUGAGAGAAAUGCCAAGAUUAUUUCCCAAAGACACACACAGUUCUCUAUAUGUCCUUUAUUCCCCCCAUUCUUUCUUGCCUAUAAUAUACAGUCAAGGGCAUUGACUCAUAUAGGAAAAAAAAUACUCUGGUUUCUCUUAGCUCUUCUCCACAAAUCUUUGGACAAAAGUUUAUCCCAUAAAUUGCCACUACAGGUCUUUCUUUAAUUGUGCCUGGAUUGGGGCAAAACUAGAGAUGUAGGAUUGGACAACCUGUAGAAUUGUUGAACAAUUCCUUCCUUCCUUCCCUCACAUGCACACGCACAUCCUUAUAGAACUCAUGAAAGCUGAAAUUCACUGACUUCCAAAAGGCUUACAUGUUGACUGACUCUUGAUUAUAGUUGGACCAGGUUAAGAAAAAGUCAGAGAGUUCUUCAUUUUGAGUUUAAGGGGUUUGCAAAAAGCCAGUUUGGGAAAAGGAAAAAAUAAUUUACUAGAAUCUAGAAAAGUAGUGGAAAAAAGAUACCCAGAAAUAUAAAAAUGAUGUGCUCAUUCAGUUAAUUGGGUAAGUUGGGGUCCUUUUGAAUUAAUGGCUCAGCAUCCGUCUAGUUUAUUAGCAGGUGUGUUUGUUUUAAAAAUAAAAUAUCAUACUUGCUGUUUGCUAGAAUUAGAAUUACCAUGACAGUAAUCAAUGACGUAAUACUGAGCUUUCAUUUCUGUUUGUCUUGCCUCUUAGCUGUAAAUUUGUAAAUAAAGAGAUGCUACAAAAUAUGGCUUCUGUCUGCAUCCUUUAUGGGAAGCUGGCCCGGUCAAGCUGCUCUGGAAUUUCCCUUCAUUUGGAGAAGUGGCAAGGACCAACCAGAUCAAACUGUACUUUGGUAAAAUUGAGCAAAUACAAGCUACAUCCACACCAAUCCUUUCCUGAAAUACAUGUGUGUAAUUUUUACUAUCUUCUGCAACUCUGGGAUCUCUGUCCUUAAUAAAACAUUCAGAUAAUUGUCAAAUU